AUGAACAAUCUCAUGACCAAAUCGUUCCUUGACUACGUGGAACUGAAGAAGCAGGCGAUGGUGAUCGAGGGCUCCGGCGCGAGUCCCGAGGCGAGCGCGGAUCUCGAGGCUAAGGGGGGCUCACCUCCGCGGAGGAGGCGAACCUCGCCCUCUUCUUCUCCGAGGUCGGCGCGAUCCAAUCCGCGAUGGACGCCCUCUCCGCGCUCCUCUCCGACCUCCGCCUCCUCCACUCCGAGUCUCGAACCGCGCCUUCUCCCCGCGCUUCGCCACGGGGACCUCCGCGACCGCGUCGACUCUGACGUCGCCGCGAUCCUCCGCACCGUCCACUCCAUCAAGGCGCAGCUCGAAGCCCUCGACGACUCCAACGCCGCGAACCGCACCCUCUCCCCGCGCUUCGCCGCGGGGACCUCCGUCGACCGCACGAGGGUUUCGGUCACCCACGGGAUCCGGGCGAAGCUUCGCGAUGCCAUCCUCUCCGACCACAAAGAGACCCUGAAGCAAAACUACUACAACGCCACGGGCGAGCUCGCCUCCGACAAGGUGCUCGAGGAAAUGCUCAAGUGGAGAGGCGACUCCAUGGAUCCGCCGUGGUCCUCGCCGGGCGCGGCCGCACCUUCUGCUCCGGCGUCGACCUCACCGCCGCCGAGAACGUCUUCAAGGGCGACGUCAUAG